AUGAAGAAGCUAUGGGAUUCACUGAAAUCCAAUGCAAGGUAUCAAGCUAUUGUCAUUGGGUCGGGCUUGGUGGGAUUGUUAUAUGUGAUACUUACUAGUGGAUUAUCUCUCAUGUCCAUAAAGGCUCUUGUAAUUGCAUUGUCUUAUUGCUAUGCUCUUAUUAUGGCUCUAUGGCUUAUGGGACAUGGCCUCGUCAAUGUUCCUCGCGAGCUAUGGCUGCGAGCUGAUGUCAAUGUGAGAUUAAACAACGAUUACAGACAUGCAAGGUCUGUAUGUGAUGCUUUUGCCGAUGCUCAAUCCAGUUAUGUAGAUGUGGCUGCUGAGAUAACAUCCAUUGCUAGAUUCAAAGAUGGAAGCCAACACUUGGAAUGGAUAGAUGAACUCGUGGAAGAAGUGGAAACAACUGCUUUCACCAUCCACAGCAGUGCCAUAGCAGGUCACCCAACAGUGAAUGUUGAUAGGUCUCUACUUAACGAGCAGUAUCUCUCGACUCUGGCAGCCAGAUAUUAUAAAUAUCGCGCCAGAAUGAUUCGUCAUAGGGCCAGCUGGCAAAAAUUGUUGAAAGAUUGCUCAAUUGCGGAAGAUAUAGUCAAUGCUUCUCGGGAUACCACGAAUAAAGAACUUAUAUUUCGCUAUGGCCGAACAAUGUUACCGGCUAAGUUGGCCAGGUUCUAUUAUGUGAACAUCAACAUGUAUUUCGUGCGGACAUUCGCUGUAUUGCUAGCCAUUCUAUCUGUGGCAAUUAUAUGGUCUGAACUGGUACAUGGAACUGUAGCUUCAUUGGUAAACCUUGUCAUAUCUGUUACAUAUGGGGUGGGUCAGCAGCUUGUAUCCUCUAUUAUCCUUGGGUAUAUGUGCAUUGCGUCGUUCGCGAGUCUGGCUCGAAUUAGGGUGUUCAACAUCUAUGGUCUAGUUCAUAAGGGGUCUGAUUUGUCUUCUCUACUAUUCUAUGCCAGUUAUGCUUGUAGAUUGACUGUUCCGCUCAGCUAUAAUUAUCUGACGCUGAUUGGUUCAAGAGAAUCAGUCUUUGAAGAGUUUCUUGGAAAGUCUAUUAACUUGACGCCACUUGGUAAAGCAUUUAAUGACUGGCUUCCGAGGCUGAUUCUUUUACCCAUUAUUUUCACUUUAUUCCAUGUUUAUGAUAAAGUAAAGGAUUAUUUCAGCUUUGAGCUUGGUUUUGAUGACGACGAUGAGAUUGGAGCUUUGAACAGUUCUGUUAUAGAGGGCAAGGAGCUUGUCAACAGGGCACUUAGCGACCCAAAUUUUAGAUUUGCCAUUGACGGUGCUGCACCUGACUCUCUGUCUGGAGCUAAUAGGGGCUCACCAGCACUAAAUUCACGGAGCAGCAAUGAAUUUGGAGGCAUUCGUGCAAGUCGAGACAUAUCACGAUCAAGCUUACUACCCACGCACAACUUGAGUAGUAGUCCGUCGUCACGUACGUUUGGCGGUGCUACAUCGCCUCGGCCGUGGUCUUCACCACAAGUUAACGAGUUUGAAGAGCCAACACGCUUAACAGAGUCUAUGAAUAAUGUACGCUCAUUUUUUGGCAACAUUAGUCAGCGCGUCCAAUCUGGCAUUUCCAACAUUAGGCAAGGAGAUUCCGUCCCAAGAUGGGCUCGUUUGUCUCAAUCUGAAGAUCAAGACUCCCAGAUCCUCUAA